AUGGCGAUCCAUCUCCCGGAUCUCCGUCACGACAACGUAUCACUGUACUUGGUACCAGUGUUCUGGGCCAUCUCAGUCGCACCGCGCUUCUGGUCCUCAACCGCCUACCAGACCAAGACAAAGGAGAAGUGGGACAGUCGUGCGCCGCGCGACUUCGUGAAAGCUAUCGAAGACAACCGUGUCCUCGAUGUUGCCGCCAAAGGUCGUCUGCGCCGCGCAGAAGCCGCGGUAGCCAAUAGCUUUGAGAACUUCGGUCCCUUCGCCGCCGCCGUGGCCGCCGGUAGCGCCGCGAAACUCGAUCCGGCCGUGCUCAACUUCCUCAGCAUCGCAUACCUGCUCACGAGAAUCGCCUUCAUUUACCUCUACAUCCACACUGCGCACACGUACGCCAGAUUCGAUCCAACCAGCACAAUACAGCACGAUUGGUGGGCAUGGCAUGGACAUUCCAUCGUCGCUCCUCGCUCACCUGCGAUGCACAUGACCAUGCGCAUGCAUUCCAGAGGCGGACCGUGA